UGGAGGUAAUUUGAGCAGCAUGAAUUUCUCUUUGCUCCCGAAUCUUGCAUUUCUUGAGUUGCCGGAGAAUUUCCUCACUGGUAUCAUUCCACUUCAAAUAUGUGCACUACCAAAGCUCAUGUACCUCGACUUGUCCAACAAUAACCUAACCGGUGAGUUACCUCUUUGUCUCCAAAACCUCAUCCUGUUAGAAUUUCUUGACAUUCAUCUUAAUCAAAUCGUUGGUUAUAUCCCUCCUAAAUUGGGAAAUCUGAAGAGGCUAAUCCACUUGGACCUCAGUUUCAAUUUGCUUUGUGGCACGAUCCCUACUACUCUAGCGAAAUUGAGGAACUUGAUGCAAUUAUAUUUGCAAGGAAACUCCCUCAAUGGAUCUAUUCCUCUGGAAAUAGGGAACUUGACAGACUUGGCAUGUCUAAGUAUGGAAGAUAAUACAUUCAGUGGAUUUAUCCCUUCAGAAAUAGGUAAUUUGAAGAGCUUGAUUGAGUUGAGGCUGAGCUCAAACUUCUUCAUUGGCCCCAUCCCUUCAUCUCUGGCUCAUUUAACAAGCUUGAGGAUUCUAGAUUUACAUGACAACUUCUUCGUCGGUCCCAUUCCUUCAUAUGUGGCAAAAUUGAGGAACUUGAUGCAAUUAUAUUUGCAAGGAAACUCCCUCAAUGGAUCUAUUCCUCUGGAAAUAGGGAACUUGACAGACUUGGCAUGUCUAAGUAUGGAAGAUAAUACAUUCAGUGGAUUUAUCCGUUCAGAAAUAGGUAGUUUGAAGAGCUUGAUUGAGUUGAGGCUGAGCUCAAACUUCUUCGUUGGCCCCAUCCCUUCAUCUCUGGCUCAUUUAACAAGCUUGAGGAUUCUAGAUUUACAUGACAACUUCUUUGUCGGUCCCAUUCUUUCAUAUGUGGCAAAAUUUAGGAACUUGACGCAAUUAUAUUUGCAAGGAAACUCCUUCAAUGGAUCUAUUGCUCUGGAAAUAGGGAACUUGACAAACUUGGCAUAUCUAAGUUUGGAAGAGAACGAAUUCAGUGGAUGUAUCAUGUCGGAAAUAUGUAAUUUUCAUAGCUUGAUUGAGUUGAGGCUGAGCUCAAACUCCUUCACUGGCCCCAUUCCAUCGGAAAUAGAAGGUUUGAAGAGCCUCACUCAUCUAGAUUUGAGCUCUAACAACUUCUCUGGAAAAAUCCCUCAUCAACUUGGGAGUUUGGUCAUGUUAAGCUAUCUCAAUCUUCGGAACAAUUCUCUUCAAGGUACAGUUACCCAAUUAAAUGAGCUUUUCAGAUUAAAUUACAUUGACUUGUCGAGCAAUCAUCUCACGGGAGAAAUCCCACAUUAUCUGGCCAAUGUUGAUUAUAAAGCUUUCUACGGCAAUGAACUUUUCUUCGGCAAUGGAACUUUGGAAAAGAUUGACGGUUUCAAAAGAAUGUCAAGGGUCAUGCAUAUGAAGAUAUAUAUAAUUCUGAUGGCUAUAGCGUUCAUUUCCUUUUUGGUUCUUGGGUCUUGCAUCAUAUUUCGACAUAGAGUGAAGAGCAUGAAAUCAGAGACAGUAGAAAAAAAUGGAGAUUUCUUGUCAAUAUGGAAUUAUGAUGGGAGAAUCGCAUAUGAAGAUAUAAUCAAUGCAACUGAAGACUUCGACAUCAAAUAUUGCAUCGGGACUGGUGGUUAUGGUAGUGUCUAUAGAGCUCAAUUGCCCAAUGGGAAAAUCGUGGCACUGAAGAAACUUCACCAUUUAGAAGCAGAGGACCCAUCUUUUGACCAAAGCUUCCGAAAUGAAGUGAAACACUUGACUGAAGUACGGCAUAGAAGCAUAAUUAAGCUCCAUGGUUUCUGCUUACACAGACGAUGCAUGUUCUUGGUUUAUGAAUAUAUGGAAAGGGGGAGUCUAUUUUGUGCUUUGAGAGAUGACGUUGAAGCGAUGGAGCUAGACUGGUCUAAAAGACUCAAUAUUGUCUGGGAUAUGGCACAUGCCUUGUCUUACCUACACCAUGAUUGCGCUCGGCCAAUUGUUCAUCGAGACAUAUCUAGCAACAACAUUUUGCUCGACAACAAAAUGCAGGCUUUCCUAUCAGAUUUUGGCAUGGCAAGACUCCUAGAGCCUAAUUUCUCAUCUAAUCUCACUGCAAAUAUAGCAGGCACUCAUGGAUAUAUAGCACCGGAGCUUGCUUACACUUUGGUCAUCAAUGAGAAAUGCGAUGUAUACAGCUUUGGAGUGGUAGCAAUGGAAACAAUUAUGGGUGAGCAUCCAAGUGAUAUCAUCUUAAUGCUGAUGACAUUCUUCAGAGAAGAUAUUAUGCUACAUCAAAUAUUAGACCCGCGCUUGCCAAUCCCAAGAGAGAAUUCUGUCGCAAGAAGUAUUGUUCUAGUAGUUUCUCUGGCGCUUGCUUGCUUAAGUAAUGAUCCAAAGUCACGACCCGCAAUGAAACAAGUUUCGGAAGCUUUUCGAGCUCCAAAACUAGCGUUUCCCAAGCCCUUCCGUUCAAUCUCGCUUGCGCAGCUCCAAAAAAAUAAUCAAGGAGUAUGGUGGGAAGGUGGAUCAAGAGAAACGUCGUCAAGCCUACAAGAAGAGCAAGGACCCUGAAGU